AUGCUCCCUGGUCAAUUACGGGGUUUAGUAAGGGCUAAGCAGUUCUCCUUUGUCUCUACCAGAAACAAAUCCGCAUGCUCCCUUGUCAAACCUGUUCAUCACUUGGUCAAAAUAGACAAAUCCAAGCUAUCCCCACGGUUCCCGGACCUACAAUACGAAAAGACUGAUAUCAGGUCGCCAGCAUUUAGACCGACGGAGGUUCGCCAGGAUAGAGUCCACGAACAUUAUCUGAACACAUUACAGUCGGAUCUUUUGCUGAUCAACUACAAGCACAACGAUACAAUCAAGCAAGGAUUGAGCAGGAGGGCUUGGGAUGAGAGCUCACCGUACCAUAUCAAUAGGUCUUCAAAGAGGCCUCGCGGGUCUAAAGCACCUUUGCCCAAUGUUCAUCCGGUUAAAUGGGAUAACAUCCCCAAGAUUGAGAGUAUUGUGAUAAAUUGCUUCGUAAAGGAUGCCAGGGACAAUGAAACUUUUGCUAUUGGGGCCGCAUUGCAGCUACAACAGAUCACGGGCUGUAAACCUUCCGUUAUUUACUCCAAGUCUGAUGUCCCAACGUGGAAGAUUAGGAAGGGCAACCAGAUGGGUGCCAAAGUGGAGUUGACAGGUUUGGCCAUGAAUCAGUUUUUAACGACGUUGACGGAAAUUGUCUUGCCAAGAAUCAGAGAAUACAAAGGUAUAAGUGUGACAUCUGGUGAUACAUUUGGGAACAUUGCAUUUGGCCUGACAGCAAACGAUGUGAAGUUUUUCCCAGAGAUUGACUCUAACCAGGAUUUAUGGCCGAAAACUUUUGGGUUCCAUGUAACAAUUAAAACCAAUGCUGAAACAGAUGACCGGGCAAGAACGCUAAUCAGUGCUUUCCAAUUACCAUUUAAUGAAGAGAAGAGUGGUUGA